UUUCGUUUUUUCCAUUUGAUCUUAAUUUUGACAAUUUAAACAUUGAAAUAUAAUUUUGUACAAUACUAUAAAGCAAGAAAAUAUUGUCCAGAAUUUAUUAAAAAUGAUAAUCGGAAAACGCAUAUUGUGUGGACCACAAUUUUUCCAACGCUCACUAAUGUUACGGACACCGCUUGCAUUUUACGGUAAGAAAACCCAACAACCACAUCCAGUGUGUCAAUACUUUAAUCCUGUAGAAUACAAACACCUUACGAUGGACGACAUGCCUGUGCCGAUCUGUAGUUGGAAUGAAUACCACGCAAAGAGAAAUAGAUCGUAUAACGCAGUGUUCGCGUUUGGUUUGGUUUCGCUUAUCGGAUCAAUUAUAUGUGUAAAAGAAACUAUAUUCUUUAAUGCAUUGCCGCCGCCUUAUCCUUUUGAUGAAGACACAGAUUAAAAUUUAUGUUAUUUAAUGAAAUGUAAAAUUUAUAAUCACACAAAUGUUUUUCUGAAAAUA